UCUACCACUUCAGUCUUUUUCCUCAGCCGUUCUUCUCUCUCUUCCACUUCACUCUUUCUUCUUCACCAACAGCCUCCCUGUCAAGUCCAAAUUUCUGAAAGUUUCCUCUAUAUAUCUCGCCGUCCUUAUGCUUGUGUUCUGAAGAAAAUGGAGAUCAUGAACCCCCUAGAGCAUUCACAAUUUCAAAUGAAUCCCCUGGUGCAUUCACAAGUUUUUAGAAAUAUGAGAAAAACAUCUCACAUUCGGCUGCCAUAUGACUAAUUUAUUAUCCUUCAACAAAUUUAUAUGAAUACUAAAAUAAAUUGUAUUGGGAAGAUCAAGCGUUCUCAUAUUUAACAGAGGAACUUACAUACGGGAUCUUAAGAGAUAGAUUUGAGAUCUGUGCCGACAGGGAGAAUGAGAGAGAUGGCGUCUGGGCUGGUUUGUUCGAAUGUGAGAGAGAGAUGGCAAUGUAGGGCACACACCUCCGAUUAAGUGAGAGAGAGACAAUGAAGAGAGAUUGUAGAUAGUUGUUUCUGAAAGGGAGAGAGAGUGAGUCCAGAAAAGAAAGGGAUUGCAUUUCUAGAGAGAGAGAGUGAAGGGAGAUUGUAAAUGUGGUUUUUGAAAGGGAGGGAGGGUGAAGAGAGAGAGAAGUCGUGGAUUUGUGGGGAGAGAUUGCAUUUCUGAAGAAAGGUUUUGCAUUUUGCAUCUGUUGUAAACUUGUUGUACCUGCCACAAGUCACCCUCUCAUUAGAAGGUGUAAAUCUUCUAAAUACACAACGUCCGGUCUGUAGGGGCUCCCAAUCCAUAUCGAGGAUGAGGAGCUCUGCCUCUCUGCAUGCAGCACUUCUCUCUCAUUUUUCCUCAUGUAGCAGUUCUCUUCAGUUCUGAUAUAUAAAGUAUAAACGGAUAGAUGAGAAAGGGAAGUUAAUAUGACGAGUUGAUGGAGGACAAGCGACAAAAAUAAUGAUUGAUCCGAUCGAAGUCCCUUGCGCCUGUGAUUCGAAUAGAAAUAUGGGACUCGUACGCCCGAGGUUUGUAUGCCUAUAUAUCUCUAUAUGAUAAUAGUUAUCAUAACAUGAGGGACUCCGCCACCAUAGCGCGCUUCAUUCAAACCUACGCACAAUCUAGACAGUUCAACAAAGGGAAGCAGCUCCAUGCCCAGUUAAUAUGCGCAGGUUACCCACUAAACACCUUCCUCACCAACCACCUCCUCAACAUGUACUCCAAAUGUGGAGAACUCGAUCUUGCUCUGAAACUGUUUGACACAAUGCCUCACAGAAAUAUGGUUUCUUGGACAGCAAUGAUCACUGGAUUUUCUCAAAACAAGAGGUUUGCAGAGACAUUAGAGACAUUUUGCCUCAUGCGGAAUGCCUGCGAAAGCCCAACUCAGUUUGCAUUUUCAAGUGUUGUUCGAGCUGGUGCUGCUCUUGGGUGGAUCGAGUUUGGGAGGCAAAUGCAUUGCCUUUCGUUGAAAUGUAGCUUUAGUUAUGAAUUGUUUGUGGGGAGUAAUUUAGCAGACAUGUAUUCAAAGUGUGGCUCAAUGGUUGAAGCUUGUAAAGUUUUUGAGGAGAUGCCUUGUAAGGAUGAGGUGUCAUGGACCACAAUGAUUGAUGGUUAUGCAAAAAGUGGUGAUUUUGAGGAAGCUUUAUUAGCUUAUAAGAGGAUGAUUAAUGAUGGGCUUGUGAUUGAUCAGCAUGUUCUUUGCAGUACUUUAAAUGCUUGCGGAGCACUUAAGGCUUGUAAGUUUGGGAAGUCAUUACAUUCGAGUGUUGUGAAGAUGGGAUUUGAAUUGGAGACUGCUGUAGGGAAUGCCCUUAUGAAUGUUUAUUUGAAAGUGGGAGAUAUGGAAAAUGCUUUGAAUGUGUUUGGGACUGAACCUGAGGGUAGAAAUAUUGUGUCUUAUACUUCCUUCAUUAAUGGGUAUGUUGAGAUAAAUCAGAUUGAGAAGGCAUUUGAUGUUUUUUCUGACUUGCAGAUGCAUGGAAUUGAACCUAAUGAGUAUACUUUCUCUAGCUUGAUCAAGGCGUGUGCUAACCAGGCUGCCCUUGAACAAGGAAUCCAGCUCCAUGCCCAAGUGUUUAAAUUUAAUAUGGACUCUGACCCUUAUGUUUCUUCAAUUCUUGUUGACAUGUAUGGUAAAUGUGGCUUACUUGAUGAUUCAAUCAGGGUCUUUGAGGAGAUUGGGGAACCAACUGAAAUUGCAUGGAAUUCAUUGGUGAGUGUGUUUGCUCAGCAUGGUUUAGGUAAAGAUGCCAUAGAAACUUUUGAUAGGAUGAUUCAAAAUGGGUUGAAACCAAAUGGAAUAACGUUUGUCAGUCUUUUAACAGCAUGUAGCCAUGCUGGACUAGCAGAUGAAGGGUUGAAAUACUUCCAUUCCAUGGAGAAGACUUAUGGUGUAGUGCCUGGAGAAGAACAUUAUUCCUGUGUGAUCGAUUUACUUGGCCGAUCUGGGAAACUUAAGGAAGCUGAAGAAUGUAUCAACAACAUGCCAAUUGAACCAAAUGCUUUUAUAUGGUGUUCAUUCCUUGGGGCUUGCAGGACCUAUGGUGACAAGGAGAGGGGCAAACUUGCAGCAGAGAAACUGAUGAAACUUGAACCUGAAAAUAGCGGGGCUCAUGUUUUGCUUUCAAAUAUAUAUGCAAAGCAAAAGCAAUGGAAUGACGUGAGGAGUUUAAGGAAGAUGAUGAGAGAUGACAAUGUGAAGAAAUUACCGGGUUAUAGUUGGGUUGAUGUGGGAAACAAAACCCAUAUCUUUGGAGCAGAAGACUGGACCCAUCCUCGAAAGAAAGAAAUAUAUGAACAGCUUGAUAGUCUAUUUGAUCAGAUUAGAAAAGCUGGAUAUGUUCCUUACACAGAUUCUAUUCCAUUUGAUAUGGAUAAAAGUAUAAAAGAGAAAAUUCUUCAUCAUCACAGUGAGAGGAUCGCUCUAGCAUUUGCACUAAUUAGCAACCCAGCCGGAAAGCCAAUCAUUGUGAAGAAAAACAUUAGGGUGUGUGUGGAUUGCCAUUCUGCAUUUAAGUGCAUUUCCAAGGUGGUUGGGAGAAAGAUUGUUCUCAGGGAUAACAGGAGAUUUCACCAUUUUGCCGAGGGGUUUUGUUCCUGUGGAGAUUACUGGUAAUGUUGGCUUGAGAGCUUGUCAUAGCAAUGCCCAGAAUAAGAGAUGGUAGAAGUAAUAUGUGGAUCUGUAGAGAAACUUAAUGCAGAGGGAGUUUUUUUUUUUUUUACAUCAGAUAUCCAUCUUAUCCAGAGAGCAAUGGAACUUGGAGGUUUCCUGGGAUUGGAGAAUUUCAAUGCUAUGACAAGGUAAAUGUUUUGCACUUACAAUAGAGAAUCUUAAGUGCUUUCUUCUUGCAUAAUCAGCUAGCUCUUUUAUUUGCAUCUCCCAGCUCAAAUAGAAGAUGUGAGGUAAUACAUUGACCUUAAUGUGGUUGAGCAAGAAAAGAUGAAGGGUCCCAGUUUUUUCUUAAAUCCUGUGUGCAGCAGGCGUAUGUAUAUUUGUGUUCAUAAAUGUUUCCAAUUGAUUUGAUAGAAAAGAAAAGAAAUUAAUGUGCUCAUUUAAUUUGCAUGCUAACAAACAUUGCCAGAAAAUUUGCAGAAAGAGAUAUUAGAAUCACAACAGGAUGAAUGUGGUUUAACUUUCACUUCUUCAUUUCAUUUUUCUUGUGAAAUUGCACUUGCAAAAUAUUUUUUUUUUUUAAUUUUCCUUGCUAAGUAAUAUGGUUUUGUGAUUUUAGGAGAUUAAAAAAAUUGUGGUCUUCGAAAAUCAAAGGUGCAUUUGAGAAGAUUUGAGAAGAUCAAGUGUCCCACAUUCGGCUGCCAUGUGACUAAUUUAUUAUCCUUUAACAAAUUUAUAUGAAUACUAAAAUAAAUUGUAUUGGGAAGAUCAAGUGUUCUCACAUUUAACAGAGGAACUUAUAUACGGGAUCUCAAGAGAUAGAUCUGAGAUCUGUGCCGAAGGGGAGAAUGAGAGAGAGAUGGCAAUGGAGGGCAUGCACCUUCGAUUAAGAGAGAGAGAGAGAGAGAGAGUGAAGAGAGAUUGUAGAUAGUCAUUUCUGAAAGGGAGAGAGAGUGAAGAGGGAGUGAGUCGUGGAAAGAGGGGGAUUGCAUUUCUAGAGAGAGAGAGUGAAGAGAGAUUGUAGAUGUGGUUUCUGGAAGGGAGGGAGGGUGAAGAGAGAGAGAGUAGUCGUGGACUUGUGGGGAGGGGAUUGCAUUUCUGAAAGGUUUCUGUGUUUUGCAUCUAUUGUAAACUUGUUGUACCUGCCACGUCACCCUCCCAUUAGAGGGUGUAAAUCUUCUAAUUACACAACGUCUGGCCUGUAGGGCCUCCCCACAAAGAAAUGAGAUGCUCUUCACUGACACUUUCCUGACACUGUAUAAGCAGAAGAGACCUUACCAUCUGACUUUGUCGUUUGCGAUUUCUUCCUUCUUUCAUUUCCUUUGAUUUUUGCUAUUUCAACAAAGAAACAUGGCUGAGGUUGCAGGCCUACUUCUCUCCCCCUUCAUCCACCUACUCUUUGAAAGAGUUGCUUCCCGUGAGUUUCUUGACUUCUUUCAAUGCCGAAAACUUGACCGUAUGUGUGACAGGGGAUUUUAGAUCCAAUCCCUUACUUGAUGCGGAGCAAACUUUUGUUGUGUUUGCAAAUUCCCAAGUUAAUGUCACAAAGCAAUGCCUGUUGACGUUGACGGUCCUCCCAAUUUUAUUGGGAGCUCUUCCGUCGACGGCAGUCUCAUAUUCCAUUGCCUUGUGGAGCGCAUUGCUGCCUUUACCAUUUGGGACUGGCCAUGAGACAGACAUUUAGUAUUUUGUCACCAAACACUUAUAAAAAAAAACUUGACCGUGGACUCUUAAAGAGGCUGGAGAUAGUACAGUUGUCUGCGAAUGUGGUGCUCGAAGAUGCAGAGGAAAUGCAAUUUACAAAGCCUAUGGUGAAAAAGUGGCUUGAUGAGUUGAAAGAUGCCGUCUACGAUGCGGAAGAUAUCCUGGACGAGAUUCAUACCGAAGUCUUGUGAUGCAAGUUGGAUGCUGAAUUUCAAGGAAUUGCCAACAGGAUUGCAGAAACUCGCAAUUGAACGAUUCGAUUUGCUAGAGUCCAUACCCGAGAGAUUGAUGGACUUCAACAGUUGUCUUGAGGAGUUAGAAAUUAGUGGUUGUCACUCGCUAUAUCUCUGUCCAGUGGUGGUCUACCUUCUACAUUAAAAUCCUUAAGAUCAAAGAUUGUAGCAAGUUAGAGCUUCCAAUGCACUGGAACUAUUCAUCCCUUGAAAGAUUGCGGUUAGAAAAUAGUUGUGAUUCUCUAGAGUCCUUUCCAUUAAACUUAUUAUCAAAUCUGAAAUUUAUCAAUUCCUGCCCGAAGUUGAAGUUUGUGCAAGAAGAAGGGUUGCCUGCCUCCAUCUCUAGUCUAUGGAUCAGCAAUUGUGCUUUGUUGGAGAAACAGUUGCAAAGCAGAAAAGGGAAAGCAUGGCAUAAGAUUGCUCAUAUCCCAUGCAUUAACAUUAAAGGUGAAUUGAUUUGACCAACCUACAAGUCUAGCAAGAGUCCCCAAUUUCAGUUAUAUGUUCACCACAAAUGGAUGACGACAAAGAUAUGUUCUGCUAAUUCUUGAAUAUGAUUUUCCAUUCCUGUUUAAGGUUUGCUUUAAAACUAUCUCGAGUGAAACAGAAUGCUUUGUCGAUUGCUCCUUCUCUCUCGAAUUGAUUAUUUCAGAAAAAAUUAUUGAUAUUUGUUGAGUCUCUGUCAUGUCAUCGCUACAUACUAAUGUGAAGUUCGUAUAAAGCUGCAGGUUUCUAGAGAUAUCCUUUUGGAUGUUCUUCCUGAAUUCCCUAAUAUGGUCAGUUUCCAUUGGCAAUAACUGCCGUCAUGUGCUUGGAAUCAAAUUGUGUAUCCCCAUGGGGAUUGUCUGAAGAAGAGUCCUUCCUCUGUUAUUGAACAAGGAGUACUUUCACUGUAAAUUCCCCAGAACCUGAACUUGUUGGUAGAAAAGAAAGACAAACACAAGUAAUUGAACGAUUGGCCUCAGGGACUAACUUCUUUGCAAUAUUAAUUGUUUCAUGACUGGCUCAUUGUUUCACCAAUCCUUGAUUUUUAUUUCAAAAUUGCAUCAAGUUUCUCACAUCAAGAUUCAAAAUUGCAGGAGUGGAAUGACAGGACGUUCGAAGACAAUGAGAGAUCUUUUGAGGAUCUCAGAUCUUUUUUUGUUAGAACGUUAUUCAUAUUGGCCAUAGCUAUGGACUUUAACGGUCUAGACCUGUAUAAUCAAACCCUUCAAAAUUCAGUAUUCCUAACAAAAUAUGACUGGCUUCUCUUGUUCUUAUACAACCUUCUUUUUGACCAACCAAUACAUUUUGAUCGUUACUUGUUCCAAUCAAGACUAGUGCCAUUUGUACAGGAUCUACCUAUGCAUGGCAUCCAAGAAACAGAGCUAGUUUCAUUCGACACAGGGUGAUCAGGAGUCGUGGAAACAUUCUUGUUGGGAAAUUUGGUGGAGGCCGUGGCUCGUUCUUGUCAGCCUCUUGGGGAGAUGAUUAAUGUGAGAAACAUCAUGAUUUCCAAAGUCGGAUAUGUGUGGUACUAAUGUUGAUUCUUGAAGAACCAGCGCGCGCUGCUACUCCCAUCCCAUCUUCUUCAAGCAGCUUGCAUUCUCUUGGACGUGGCUAGCAAUAUUGCAUCAGCCGCUUGUAUACCAUUUCCAUUAUUCAGUUGAUAUUUGUUAUCUCUGAUUAGGCGAGACUAGAUUUCUCUCACUUUUGCAAACAAUUAAUGGGUAACAUUGUUUAAGUUUUCUUA